CCCAGCAUCACCAAUCUCAUCGCACGAAGAACUAACAUCUGCUUCGUAUCUGAGAUUUAGUAGUGCCCUUCAAUACCCGUAGCAAUUGUAUUUAGUAAUGAUCCUUCUUGCGGUAUCACAAUCUGAAAUUGCAUCUUUCAAAACGGUCGACGCCCAAACAUCGCUUGCUUGCUUCACGCUAAUUCUCCUACUCAAAAGACUCCGACGAGUAGCCCGACUACAAUAGCGAUUAAGCCAAUCCAGUCCAGCUGCGAAGGUGAAGUUACCUCCGCCCCGAUUCUAUCUCAAGCAUGGCUUCCUCCCGUGAGCCUAUGGACCCGCUUGCCCCAGCUGCCACAUCUCUGAUCACUGCGACGCAUGGUCUGGCUCCAAACCACAUUUCCGCAGCGGCCAACAUCUCUAUCCGCGAGUACAUCUACUUCCUUCCCUAUCCACUCCCACCAGGCACACCAAUCCCUUACUCAAUCGGCUUGCCCAACAACAACCCGCUGAACCUGCCACCCCAUCAGUUCGAACCAACAUCUACCCUCGUUCUCACGAGCCCGAACCGCACGUUUGUAGAUAUUAGGUUCUACAAACCAUCCAACGCUGAUGUGAGCACGACGCUGCCAAAUGAAGGUGAGAGGAAAAGACUAGAAUGGGCAUUUGCUGGGACCAGCGAGUCACAACCUAUCAGCCUCCCUCAAGACAGUAAGCCAUCAAAUGAGCGGGGCGAUGGGGAGGAGAAGACGUGGGAGGGCGUCACGCACUCCAAAUGGACGCACUGGCUCGACUCCCGCCACCCAGUCGGCAGCCCUGAUAUCCCCGUUGAUGAGGGCGAUAUGUAUCCCAUCGCCGACGACUUGACGCUCGAGCACGGCCAUGCAUUCCAGCCGCUUAUGCAUGCACACAAGACGCAUGAGGAAAUGUGGCGCGACCUCACUAUCCAAUCUACAAAUAGCAGCGGCACUCAUCUGUGUGUGGUUCUGCGUCUCCACGCCGAUGCCGCUGGAGUAAGAGGCGUCAUCGUUCGCCUAGGUCAGUAUUGUCAGGGCAUCGUCAUGCAGCGCGACUACUGCACGGUUGAGCGGUGGGAGUACUUCGCUGAGGGGAGGCGAGACCUGGAAGAGGCUACGAAGUGGAAACGCACAGCGCGCGUUGGAGAUCAAUUUUUGCCGUGCGCUGCGACGUUUAGGCCGGAGGUGCUGGCGAUGGGUGGGCUUGUGAAGUACCAUGAUUAUGAGUGGGUGGUAGAAGAGAUUUGGGAGUGGAAAUGAGUGCUUAGUGGUGAUUAAUGGCUGAUUGAAUGAUCGAUUGGAGCUGAAUGACGACGACCCAAGCGCGAGCUAUAGAAAUCCAUGUACAGAGUACGUAGAUGUGAGAUUUGGAAAUGAACUCGACUAGAUCGAACUAAGAAGCCCUG